ACGAUAGUUGAAAACAUCGAUAGUAUCGAUAGUACUAUCGUCGUGAGAGGUAUUGAAUUGGGGUGGGCUCUAGUAUUCAGCCGCAAAGAAAAUUGGCUCGCUUUCGAACGAUUGGUACUCUGAAAGCACCCUUCGAGUAACAUUGGUUCGAUGUUCGAACUACAUUCUGUUCCCUUCGAAUUUUAUUUAUCCCCUUUCGAAUUUUCGGAAAUUUGGUACUCCCUGCAUCGAAAGCAAAUGUCAAAAUGGUGGAAUUGUAGAAAAUUCUAUUCGACAGCAACCAAGCACUCGGACGUCCGCAAAAAUGUAAGUAAUUGCAAUAGUAUUUGUGAAAAUAUGUAUUCUUUUAAUCAAAAAAUAAUUUUUAGGACAACGAAAAUCAAACAACCAAAUACCAAGCCUCGACAAUUUGAAAUAUUGGUAAAUUUCAUGAUGGAACACAGCGAUUUGGCGAAAGGUCAAAUUAAGGGUUUAGCUGCAAAGCAAACCUCUAAUAAUCUGUGGAAGAGGCUAGAAAAUGAGCUUAAUUCAUGCGGACCUCCAACUCAUAACUUCACUGAAUGGAAAAAGAUAUGGGCAGAUUAUAAAAGCAAUAUUAAGGCGAAGUUACGAAGGAAUAAGGAGAGCAUGUCGGGAACAGGAGGUGGGCCAUCGAGAUUCUGUUCAUUAACUGCAACGGAAGAACAAGUGGUUGCAUAUAGAUGAAUCUAUAAAUGGCGAGGCUGAAACAAUGCGCUUUGGUGCUACUACCUUCGGCGAUCCUGCAUCAUCUAGCCCACCUGAUUGUAUAAACUUAGAGCCUGAAGAAUAUCCAAGAAAUGAUGCGCUCACUACCUCUCGGCAAAGACAAUUUGGUAAAACUGCAAGUGGAAAACUAAUGCCAAUAUCACGAAAAUUCGAUGGACGAAUUAUGUGAUAAUUUAAAUAGUUUAAGUAGA